CCGGGGCCCGCAGCCGGCCGGCGCCCACCCCGCGGCGGGCUCCCGCUCGCCCGGACUAUGAGGAGCAGGAUCGGGCGGGGGGCGGCGGCAGCGGCCCCGGUGAGGCGGGAGUGGGAGCGGGGGCGCCGCCGUCGCCGGCCGGGUCAUGCCUGUGCGCCCGGGGCGGCGGGGCUGCGGGCUGCGGCGGAAUGGGCGAGCUCCGGGCCGGCGCCCUCGCCUUCCUCCUCCUCCUCCUCGGCUGCCUCCUGCCCCGGCGCGGCCCGCUCAGGCUGGUCUCAGGGCGGGAGGAGAUUAAAGCUGCUUCGAGGAGCUUGCCCCAGCCCAUGUCACCCUCUGAUUUCCUGGACAAGCUUAUGGGAAGAACGUCAGGCUACGACGCCCGGAUUCGACCCAACUUUAAAGGUCCUCCUGUCAACGUGACGUGCAACAUCUUCAUCAACAGCUUUGGCUCCGUCACUGAGACCACCAUGGACUACCGGGUGAACGUCUUCCUGCGGCAGCAGUGGAAUGACCCCCGCCUGGCUUACCACGAGUACCCUGAUGACUCCCUCGACCUUGACCCCUCCAUGCUUGACUCCAUCUGGAAGCCAGACUUGUUCUUUGCCAACGAGAAAGGGGCCAAUUUCCACGAGGUCACCACCGACAACAAGCUGCUGCGCAUCUUCAAGAACGGCAACGUGCUCUACAGCAUUAGGCUGACAUUGAUCCUGUCCUGCCCUAUGGACCUCAAGAACUUCCCCAUGGACAUCCAGACGUGCACCAUGCAACUGGAGAGCUUUGGCUACACCAUGAAUGACCUCAUCUUUGAGUGGCUAGAGGAGCAAGAGGCUGUGCAGGUGGCAGAGGGCUUGACACUCCCACAGUUCAUCCUCAGAGAUGAGAAGGACCUGGGCUAUUGCACCAAGUACUACAACACAGGCAAGUUCACCUGCAUUGAGGUGAAGUUCCAUCUGGAGAGGCAGAUGGGUUAUUACCUGAUCCAGAUGUACAUACCCAGCUUGCUGAUCGUCAUCCUCUCCUGGGUCUCCUUCUGGAUCAACAUGGAUGCAGCACCAGCCCGAGUGGGCUUGGGCAUCACCACUGUGCUCACCAUGACCACACAGAGUGCUGGCUCCCGUGCCUCUCUGCCCAAGGUCUCCUACGUGAAGGCCAUCGACAUCUGGAUGGCCGUGUGCCUGCUGUUCGUCUUCGCCGCCCUGCUGGAGUACGCGGCGGUCAACUUCGUCUCGCGCCAGCACAAGGAGUUCAUGCGCCUGCGCCGGCGCCAGCGGCGCCAGAGGAUGGGCCUGAGCAGCGGGACGGCCAGCCCGGAGUCCCUGCGGCAGCCGAGCGGCCGGCACGGCGGCGAGCACCCCUACGCGACGCUCUGCAGCUCCCGGGAGGAAGAGCUUGUCCGGGAGAGCCGCUUCUACUUGCGAGGCUAUGGGCUGGGCCACUGCCUGCAGCCCAAGGAUGGGGCUGGAGAAGGCCCUGGCCUCAACAGCCCCAUGCCAGCCAGCACGCUGCUGCGGGAAGGGGAGAGCCUCCACAGGCGCUACGUCAACCGGGCCAAGCGCAUCGACACCAUCUCCAGAGCCAUCUUCCCCUUCACCUUCCUGGUCUUCAACAUCUUCUACUGGGUCGUCUACAAAGUGCUGCGCUCAGAGGACAUCCACACCGUGCCCUGAGGACUGGGCAAGCAUGACUGCCUCCCAGCCUGACCCCUCAGAGUGCACCCUGGCACCACGAGCUCAGCCAGAACCGCGUUUUCCUCUGGCCUGGAGCAGUGGCACAGCCUGGGGGGAAACUUUGGAACCUGGACAGGUGGCAGCCCCCCACACCCCUUUGGAUGCUGGAGCACCGAGGGAGGUGGGGAGGAGCAAGGCCAGGUACCCACGGUCAGCUGGAGAGAGACCCUUCCUUCCUCCUGCAUGGUGUCCCCCCCAGUUACCCAGGGAAGCCCCAGGUACGCAGGGAUGCUGCACUACCAUGGCACAAGGGAGCCCCCAGUACUUUGGGAUGCUGCAUAGCUGGUGGCCAGGGAGCACACCACCUUCCAGACAAACACUCUGCAUCUUCCAUGUCAGGCUGCUGCUUCUCCAGGCUGGCUGCAUCACUGAGCUGCAGGCCAUGAGCUGCCAGGUGAGAGGCUGCAAUCCUCUCUCCUUCCCUGGCGCAGAGCUCAGUUGCAGGGAACAGCAGGUAGCACCCUUGCCUGCACCCAGACUGUGGGGAGUGCUAUGACCCCAUAGCCCCCAGCCCAGGAACAGACAGGGUCUCUUCAGCCCCCAGCCAGCUCCAACGCACAGCAAAGCAGCAGGCCAGGGAAGCUCUCCUCCCUGUGGAGACCAGAGCUGCUCAUGAUGCCCCCAGCACUGGGGCAGGGACACUGAGCAGGUGGCUCCAUCUCCUCUGAGGCAACACCAGCCUCAAGGCAGGCAGCAGGUGAGCCUGGAUCCACUGAUGGUGAAGGGGUGCAGAUGGCCAUUGCAGCUGCAGAGGGGAGCUGCUUGGCACUGGGGACUGGCACUGCCACUAUUUGCAGGCUAGGGCCCACAGCCUAUCUCCAAAGGGAGAUUUUUUGGGGGUGAAAUCAGUGGGGGCAGCUUGGCCAGUCCUUUUGUAGGAGCAGUGGCAUCCCCAGACUGCUGCACUCCCACAGCACCACAGUGCCAGCAAAGAGCCAGAGGUAACAACUGUCCUGUUCUGUAGCUUUCUGUCCACCCUGGCCCCAGGUGCAGUGUCCCUCAGGCAGGUUCAUCCCUGCUGCUCCUGCACCAGAGAAGAGGGCAUCCAAAAUCUCAAGAGGACAAGCUCAGCAAGGCUUCCAGCUCUCCAGAAUUGGAUAUCCUCUGUGCUUAGCAGGAAAUAAAAGUAGUAGCAGAUGUUUACGUAGGUCCUACAGAGAGAAAUGUGUUGAUGCUCUCUUUUCCCUCUGCUCACAGCCAGCCCCAAGGGCUGGCAGGCCAGUGGGGCCUGUCUGCCCAUGACUCUGGGUGCAAAAGAGGGCACAGGGUCUUCCAGGCAGGGCAGGAAGGAAAUGGGACCGACCCCUUUCCUUGGAGGCUGUGGUGCCACUGUGGCAUGGUGAGAGCCCCAGUGACCCACCUGUCGUGGCAAGAGGGACCCUGCAGGGGCACGUGGGUGGGAGGCUGGCACUGCCUGCUGAAGCCAU